AUGACUCCCUCCCUCCCGCGCUGGACACACCUCAUCCGCUUCAUCGCCAUCGAAGACAACCACACCCACCUGGGGCAGUUGAUCGACACCUUGCGCGACGUCGGGCGGGACUCGGUCGAGGGCAAGGAAAUCGCCGUGUACGAAAUCGACGGGACAAUCUUCGAUGGCCGAGUCACCGAUCGCAUCUUGCACGUCCGGCAGCUGUUGUCGCCUGUGUCUCGCGAGGAGUGUAACUAUAUUCGGUGUUUAGGCUUGAAUUAUGGGGAGCAUGCAAAGGAAUCAAACCUCCCCCUCCCCCUUGCCCCAGUCCUCUUCACGAAACCCCGCAGCGCCCUAGCAAACCCCUACCCAGCACCAAUCAACAUCCCCUCUUGCGCCCAAGACGGCACAAGCGACUACGAAGCCGAACUCUGCGUCGUAAUCGGCAAGACGGGCCGGGAUAUCCCCGCAGAGCACGCCCUCGAAUAUGUACUCGGUUACACGGCGGCAAAUGAUGUAUCGGCGCGCAGUCUGCAGAGGGUCACGGCGCAGUGGUCGUUUUCAAAGGGGUUGGAUGGGAGUUGUCCCCUAGGCCCCGUCCUCGUUUCUCCAACUGCAAUCCCUGACCCGCAGACUCUAUCCCUAAAGGCCAUAUACAACGGCGAAGUAGUCCAGGACGGGCACACGGGGGAUAUGAUCUUUGACGUGCGCGCGCAGAUUGCGUAUCUCUCGCAGGGGACGACGCUGGAGGCGGGGACGAUUAUACUGACAGGGACUCCCGCGGGCAUUGGGGCAGUAAGGCAGCCGAGGAUCGUGUUGAGGGAUGGCGAUGAGAUUUGUGUACAGGUUGAGGGGCUGGGUACGCUUGUUAAUCGGGUUAGGUAUGAGUGA